GGCGAGCCACCGCCCCCGGCCCAUAAAUACCUCUGCUCCCGCCGCUGCCACCCCCGCCCGCCUGUCGGAAUCGCGCGUCCCUGGGAGUUUCACUCGCCGAAGGGUAGCGGGGGCCGCCUAGAUUCACGAGGGAGGGGAGCAAGAUGGCGUCCGAGCUCACCUACCGCGGCGGCGGGGCGUCGCCGGUCGCCGGCGCCGGCGCCGGCGCGGGGGGUUACUCCGCGAAGCCGUCCAAGCCGCUCGCGUGGCUGCCCCGCGCCGCGCGCUACGCCGCCGCCGAGCACCGCCCGGUCUUCGCGCUCGCCGGGAUGCUCAUCGCCGCCGCCGUCAUCUCCAUCGCCUCCCCGUCCGCUUCGUCCUCCUCCGCCACCGGGGCUGCCGUCUCCGCCUACUCCUCCAGCAGCAGCAACCCGCUCGCCCGCUUCUCCGUCGAGCCGGCGCACCACCGCGACCUGGCCUCCACGAGGCACUUCGUCGGCGGCAAGGUGCCGCUGGGCCUCAAGCGCAAGGCGCUCCGCGUGCUCGUCACCGGCGGCGCCGGCUUCGUCGGCAGCCACCUCGUGGACCGCCUCCUCGAGCGCGGCGACAGCGUCAUCGUCGUCGACAACCUCUUCACCGGACGCAAGGACAACGUCGUGCACCACUUCGACAACCCCAACUUCGAGAUGAUCCGACACGACGUCGUCGAGCCCAUCCUGCUCGAGGUCGACCAGAUCUACCACCUCGCCUGCCCGGCGUCGCCCGUCCACUACAAGUACAACCCCGUCAAGACAAUCAAGACCAAUGUGGUUGGGACUCUGAACAUGCUCGGAUUGGCAAAGAGGAUCAACGCCAGGUUCCUCCUCACCAGCACCAGCGAGGUCUAUGGUGAUCCCCUCCAGCACCCCCAGGUGGAGACUUACUGGGGCAAUGUCAAUCCCAUCGGUGUCAGGAGCUGUUACGAUGAGGGCAAGCGUACAGCUGAAACGUUGACCAUGGACUACCACCGUGGUGCCAACCUUGAGGUUAGGAUUGCACGUAUCUUCAACACAUAUGGCCCUCGCAUGUGCAUUGAUGAUGGCCGUGUUGUCAGCAACUUUGUUGCUCAGGCACUGAGGAAGGAGCCCUUGACUGUUUACGGUGAUGGCAAGCAAACCAGGAGCUUCCAAUAUGUUUCUGAUCUGGUUGAGGGUCUGAUGAAGCUGAUGGAAGGGGAGCACGUCGGUCCAUUCAACCUUGGAAACCCCGGCGAGUUCACCAUGCUUGAGCUCGCCAAGGUUGUCCAGGACACCAUUGACCCGAAUGCACGGAUUGAGUUCCGUCAAAACACCCAGGACGACCCGCACAAGCGCAAGCCUGACAUCAGCCGCGCCAAGGAGCUCCUUGGGUGGGAGCCGAAGAUCCCCCUCCGUGAGGGACUUCCCCUCAUGGUCACCGACUUCCGCAAGCGCAUCUUCGGCGACCAAGACAGCGCUGCCACCACUGGAAACCAACAAGGUUAGAACGAAGGAGCAUGAGAGUUUGGGAAAAUUUUGGUGGCCUGCUUCUAGCUGCUUGGUUACUCUCCUUACUGACAAAAGCUAUGGCCGUGUAGUUCGUUGGGAACAUGUUACUGAAAUACCUUGGUUGCUGCUGUAAUGCUAUUCUUUUUUCAUGUAAUUGUUUUAUCAAUUAUCUCAGUCAGCUAUACAAAAUUUUCAGUUGAAUUGUUGGAGAUAAACCCGAAUGAUCUUAUUUUUUGUUGA